CUUCAAUCUUUCUUUACCUAUAAAACUCCAACAUCCCGACACAGAUAAUCAAUUCUUUCCUUGUAUCAAUAGCAUCAUCUCUAAUACUUGUAACUUCAUUUUCAAAUUAGUUGCUUGGUAGAUGAAAGAUUUGUUAAUGGGUCCUGAGUUUCCUGCUGAAAUCUUGGACGGGAAAAUGGAGUCAGCUAACUGCAGAGGACGAUCCAAGAGAGCAUAUGUUACUUUCCUCGCCGGAUCAGGAGAUUACAUUAAGGGUGUUGUGGGUCUGGCCAAAGGACUCAGAAAGGUCAAGAGUUUAUAUCCUCUGGUGGUGGCAGUCUUACCAGAUGUUCCACACGACCACAGGUUGCAAUUGCUUAACCAGGGUUGUAUUGUUCGAGAGAUCGAGCCCAUCAGUCCUCCUGAGAAUCAAGUCCAGUUCGCCAUGGCCUAUUAUGUCCUCAAUUACUCUAAAUUGCGCAUCUGGGAGUUUGAGGAAUACAGCAAAAUGUUGUAUUUGGACGCGGACAUUCAAGUCUUCGACAACAUUGACAAUCUCUUCGACAUGCGGGAUGGGUAUUUGUAUGCCGUCAUGGACUGUUUCUGCGAGAAGACGUGGAGUCAUACUACCCAAUAUCAGAUCGGGUACUGUCAGCAGUGUCCUGAUAAGGUGGCAUGGCCUGUCGAAUUGAAAAAGCAGCGUCCACCUCUGUACUUCAACGCCGGGAUGUUUGUGUUUGAGCCCAGCAAUUCAACUUUUGACAACAUGAUGGAGAUUCUCAUGUCCACCCCUCCAACACCCUUUGCAGAGCAGGAUUUCUUGAACAUGUAUUUCCAGAAGCUGUACAAGCCAAUACCGUUAGUUUACAAUCUGGUUUUGGCCAUGCUGUGGCGCCAUCCGGAGAAUGUCGACCUUGCCAAAGUUAAAGUAGCGCAUUAUUGUGCAGCUGGUUCGAAACCGUGGAGGUUCACUGGUGAGGAGGAAAAUAUGGAGAGGGAAGAUAUCAAGACAUUGGUGAACAAGUGGUGGGAGAUAUACGACGAUGAUUCCCUGGACUUCACAUCAAACGAGGUGAAGAGAAAAUCUGAAGGAGAAGAGAGUGUUGAUGUUCAAAUGCUUAAGCGGGCACACAUAUUGCCUGCUCCACCUGCAGCUUGAGCGAAAAAAACUCAUGCUGUGAUGACAAACAGGAUAUGUAGAUUUGUAUACAAUGAUGACACUACUGGCUGGAAUUUAUAUGUAUUUAGCUGCUACCAUUGGUAGCUCCACAUCUAUAAUUAAAUUAUCAUAAGAGUUACACAUUAAAUCUGUGGAAAAUUGUUCUAUCAAAGCUUUUGAGCAAGGAGAUCUGUGUUUGAACCAGGAAAUGUAAUGACUUGUAACCCUACAUAACCUGCCGAAACCUUGACUUUCUCUUUGUGUGAUGCUAUUAAAUUUAAUAAAGGGGAAUGGAGAUCUUUUACA